GUGAGCCGAUGAGAAAAGAUUGGCAAGUUCGAUUUUCUUUUCUUUUUUGGUGCCAGCUUCCUCGUGGAUCCAAACAGCCCCGACUGUAAACCAUGGCGUUUAUAUAUUAAUACUUGAUAGCGAGAAAGGUGAAGUGGGUUUUGGGUUGUCACUUGUCGAUGGGAUACGUCCAGGAAGCCAGAGAAAAUCAUGUCAAGAAGAAGGUAGAAGAAGCUUUACGUAGCAAAAUGAAGCAGAAGGCACUUAAAGAAUGUGAUUAUUACACUUCAAAGUAUGCUGAAUGUGCAUCAGGAAGAACGAUAUCAAUAAUAUGGCAGUGUCGGAAACAGGCAAAAGAGUUAAAUGAGUGUCUCCAUCAGUACACCAAUGACUCUGUACUGGAACAAAUGAAGAAAGAGUACAUGCUUCAACAGGAAGGCAAGGGAUCUUCUGAAGUUGAGCACAUUUUCUAGCAUCAAAGGAACUAAAUAAGAGUUUUUCUAAAAAGUGCAAAUGUUGAGGACAUUUUUAUGUACAGUUGAAUGAAGACAGAAUGUCUACAAUCACAUUUUGGUUUUUUGGCCCCCUUAAUGCUUCUAUUCAUAUUCCUCUGCUCA